AUGAAGCGACUAUUCCCUUCUGCAGGAGUGAGUGUUGUAUUAACAUCGUCUUCUAUCGUGAUGUCAUGUCCUUGCAAUCACAUAUUCAUUUCGCGUCGUGCUUACUACUGGCCCUAUAAUGAGGAUUUUGUACCCGAAGGUGCUGAAACAAGUAGGUUUCAGUCGAGUGGCUCCCCUGGCACGCGGCGCCGCGUACUUCAGGAGUAUGCACUGAGUCCUCUCUUUGGUGCGCGUGUGCCUUGUUGUGUUGUGGGGACGCUGCGCACCGCAAAAGAAAUAAUCGUUCUUAAGCGAGACAUUCAGUCACUUCUGUGCGAGCUUAUGGAGUUACCGCAGGGAAGUGUUACUUUGGGUCCAUUGCAGCAGAUGAGGGAAAUGAUGCUGUACAGGCACGGAACUUCACUCAGUCCACGAUUAGGCGAUGAGCGUCAACUGAACAUGGACGCGUACGCUAGAAGGCCCAUAGCGGCGCGCACUAUGAUGGACGUGUUUCUUGCAGAGGAUAUGUCAUUGGAUGAAAUUGUGAAUUUUGGUCGCCUGUCAUUGGGAAAGUUACAAAUAGCCCUCAACAACUUGAGGAAGGAAAGUGCUGAAAAGAGUAGCGCAGAUUGUGAGGACGGUAGUGCCGUUGAACCAGCCCAGUUGCUGGUGGAUCGCAUGGGAAUAUCAUACUGUGAGAUUCCUUCUUUAGAUGAGAGUGACUACGUGUUUGAAGAAGUAGGUGGCGUUGCGGUGACUGAUGAGGAGGCUGAACGGGUUGCUCAACGGUGGGCGGAACGUUGUGAGUAA